CCUUCUCUCUAGCCCCAGACGGUUGCGAUGAAUUGUGGGUGGCUGCCCGGUGAAGUUCAUCCCGAUAGGAGUGUAAAAUGCAAAUAGUUGUCUUCUGAAUACUGUCGCCAUACAGGAUAUUGCCAGAGUAAACUGAGGGAACAAUGGUGAAAUAUUUCUGCUGCGCAGAUUUACUCAAAAGCACCUGGGACCAAGUCUGUGUUGCUUUCUGGCAACGAUAUCCCAACCCCUACAGUAACCAUGUUUUGACUGAGGACAUCAUUUUCCGAGAGGUUACUCCAACCAACUGCCUCAUUUCCAGACGUCUGUUGACCAAAACUAGCCGAUCGCCUCGCUGGAUGGAGCGGUACCUUCCAAAGCACAUGGCCAGCUCAGCGUACAUUAUUGAGGACUCCAUUGUGGACCCUCAGAAACGGACCAUGACCACAUUCACAUGGAACAUCAGCCACGCUCGGCUCAUGUCUGUGGAAGAGCGGUGCGAGUACCGAAUUAACCCUGAGAAUGGCAGCUGGACAGAGAUGAAAAGAGAAGCUUGGAUCUCCUCCAAUGUCUAUGGGCUCUCUAGAGCUAUUCAGGAAUUUGGCCUUGCAAGGUUCAAGACCAGUGUUACAAAGACCAUGAAAGGGUUUGAGUAUGUGCUGGCCAAAAUGCAAGGUGAAACUCCAUCAAGAACCCUAGCAGAAACAGCUACAGAGCGGGCAAGAGAGACAGCACUGGCAGCUAAGGAGAAAGCCAAAGACCUCGCCUCACACGCCCAGAAGAAACAAUAUGUGUGACGAGCCUCAUGAAUCACUGGUUCUGCAGCCACUGACACUAGGACAGAUUUUUCUUUACCCCCUCUCAUUGUUCAGUCAGGCAUCAGGGUAAGACAAACUGAUCCCAGUCAUGGGUAGACACCUCUGUGAGGUAGCAUCCAAAUGAAAUGGUGGGUGGACCAUAAAAGGCCUGAGCUGGGUUCAAGAGCCUGUUCCAGCCUCCCUGUCCGUGCCACACUGAGUUUAUUGUACAUUAAAAACCAGAUCAUCUCAGUAUUUACCAGAGAUAGGGAUCUUAGAAAGGAAUGGUCAGAUGUGGCUCUGUGUGCCAUAAAAUGAUAAAACCACUUUGCCAACCUUGAUACUGUUCCUCAGACCUUUGCUCAACCUCUGUGCCCAUCAACAGUGUUUGCUUUUUACUCUGUAUCUUUACGAGUAUGUCAUAUGUUGUUUUGUAGUAGCAUCAUAUUAUUAUCAGCUUCUUGUCCAGAAGCUAAGAUUAACAUACAGAAUCUUAUUAUUUCAAAUUCAUGUGUGUGAUUUACUUAAGUUGUUGUUUAGUUACAAUCAUGUUAUGUUUUAGUUCAGUUCACCCACCCACACCUUAAUCGUCCAACCAAGACUGAUUGCUUCAGGUUGAAGUUCAUUGACUGAAGGGUACGUGUUAU